CCAGUAUCUGCUGGAUUGGAUUGAAGGCUGGCAGAAUAAAAAUGACGUGGAUAUCAUCGUGUCUGCAAUUCCUUGGCGUCGUGGCCGUGACCGCGAUUAUUGUCACGGUCACGGAGGCACAUCAACCUCCCAAGCAGUCAAUCACGACGAGACUUCAAGCCCCUUGGGCUCCGACCUCUUUGCUCCACGAGGCGAGCGAAUAUCUGGGCGAAUUAAACCCCAACCUUUUUUGGAGCUUUUUGGAGACAACGUUGCAAAAGCUGGAACACCUGCCGACACCAGCGACGGGGCGUACGGAACAUGAUCUGGCGUUGGUGGUUGCAUAUAAUUUCCUCUCUUCUUCAAAACUUCGUAUGCUAGACUGGGCCCUCACGGCUAGAACGCAGUCCCCCAAAGUACUCAGUUUACAACAGCUCGCCCCUGAGAAUACCCCUCCAGAGUGUCCAGAUGCCUUUGUGAAUCUGGGUUCCAAGACAAGCUGUUCUGUUGAGGUUUUGGAGAAGCUGUUGGAACAGAGUAGUGGGGCGGAGGGGCUCUUGCAACCCCCACUGCUCACAGACGACGACCACAAAUUUCCCUCCCUCGUCUGGACCCAACACCAACGCACGGAAGGAGAGGAGAGAUCGUCCCCUCCCAGCGUCGCCAUUCUCUAUGGUGACUUCAAAUCUAAGAAGACGCCAGAGCUCCAUCAGUUGUUAAAGAGGUGGAGCGAUCGAGUGGGCUACGUUUUCAGACCUUUUGAGACAAAAGGGAACAAGGGUGAUAAUGAUGGAAAGAAGCUGUUGUUGGCCGGUUAUGGGAUUGAACUACAGUUCAAAUCCACAGAGUACAAGGCUCAAGACGAUUCUGAGCAGGCGGGUUCCAGAGAGCUGGGUGGAUUCAAUUUCGACAAGCUUGAGGAGCUUUAUCCCGACAAGGGGGAGGAAUUGGCUAAAUUCCAAAAUUAUCUUGCAGCUCAAAAAGGAGCUAAAACGGAGUUUGAAGCACUGAAAGCGUGGCAAGUACAAGAACUUGGGCUCCAAGCCUCCUACUUUGCUGCUGAGAAGCCUGAUAUGUUGACCGCGCUGAGAGAUGUGUCUGGAAACUUCCCCUCUAGAGCCGCCACUCUGUCCUCCCUCCGAGUUCCUCCCGAGUUUAAAAAGUCUGUAGCUCACAAUCAACGCUUGCUGGCUUCCCAUUUCAACCUGGACGAAGGUGAAGGCGCCUUCUUCCUUCAGGGCUCCUACGUUGACCCUGACGCCCUGGACCUCUUCACUUUCAUGCAGAACAUUCAAGUGGAGCUGGAGUUUAUGGAGCUGCUCCGAAGUCUGCGACAAGACUGGCCUGCUGUCACGAGAGGGGAAGUGGAAAAGAUUAUCGCCCUCGGAACAAAGUCACAGGCGGAGCCAGAGCUCGCUCUCGACAUGAGAGACUCAUCAAUCUUUUGGAUCAACGACUUGGAGAAGGACGAGGAGUACGAAGACUGGCCAGACGACCUCACCCAGCUCUUCUUUCGAAUGGGCGGCAUUAUGCUCCGCCCGGUUCGACGGAACGUGUUUAACCUCGUGGUCACUGUCGACCCUGCGGACCCAUCUGCUGGAGCCUUGCUGAAAAUGGUUCAUUCUUUUAUGGUGCACAAAUCCCCUGUUCGGAUCGGCGUCGUAUUUUGCUCGGCGCCUUCUACUCCCGAGACGGAUACCACAAAUGCAUCACUUAUUCGUCGGCUUAUGAACUUUGCUGCGUCUGAAGGGAAAAUGCGCACCGUGUUUCAUGAUGUUGUCAACGCAUACGUGACAUCUGAUUUUGUCACCCUAAAGAAAAAGUGGGGGUCUUUAACGAAUGGGGACGAACUCGAGUUUGGGGCUGAAUUGGCUUGCGAUUUUGUUCGACGAAGUGGACGCCCUACUCCAUCUGCCUUUUUGAAUGGCGUGCCUUUAAAAUGGGAUUCCUUGGACGAUUUUGAAGACGUCGUCCUCAAUCAACUCCUCAAAGAGGCACAGUCCGUACAGGUGGAAGCCUAUAACGGGAAGGUGAACGAAGACACGGACAUAUUUGAGCAUCUGAUGAACAAAUGUCACGUCCUCACCCGCCUCAACGACAAAAUACUUGACACGUCGAACUCAAAAGUCGUCUCUUUUGGGACGGAAAGUUGGUCAGCUUUGGGAAAACAGUUUCGAGAUCCGCUUGCCAACAUUGCAAACUCGGUCGCCUACUUGACACCAACUGGAAAGAAGUCCGUUCCAGUUACCGUGUCGCUCUGGGUCUUUUCAGAUCUAGAGACUGAGCAAGGACGGACUUUCCUCUUGAGGACGGUUGAAUUUUUGGAAGAAUCCGCCACGCACGCUCGAAUUGCCUUUAUUUCAAGCUCAGACCACCUGUCCAAAUUUACGCAGGAGGUGCUCGAAGCGUUCGGUAAUGCUGACCUGAAGGCGAUCAAGAAAUUGUUGCAGAGUGACACGUACGACGCAGGAGCGCGGGGCGAGAGUAAUGUGCUCGGUCAAGAGCUGAUGAAGCAGUUGGGCUUAAGCGGAGGUGAUCGUGGAGUCCUAGUGAACGGUCGGUUGAUUGGACCUCUCCCUCCCACAGAGUCAUUCGAGUUGGGCGACUGGGCACUCAUUCAAAAGUUUACAUUCGACUCAUGUCCCAAACACUUGGAGGGAGACGACUGGACUCCAGAUGCGGUCAUGCGCCUCUGCUCAGCCCUCGCAUCAUCCACCUUUAAAAAAUCGGCCAAAAGAUUCAUCUUGCCCGAAUUCCAGUCUCCAGUCAUGGCUGGAAAAGGCAGGGAAGGAGGCAGUGGAACCGGUGAUACAGCUGGCGACGUGUUUUAUGUCGACCUCACCGCAGUUAUUGACCCUGCAUCGCGACAUGCUCACAAAAUGGCUGCUUUGCUGACGGCUGUUGAGCAGAAGGUUGGAGAGUGGGUCCGUUCCCGUGUGGUGUUCAAUCCACCCUCAAAGCACUCUGAGCUCCCACUAAAGUCCUACUACCGCUACGUGGCCGGCUUGACCCCUGAUGAAACAGUGACCUUUGAGGACAUUCCUCGUGAACCUCUCUUUACCCAAAAUAUUGCUGCUCCGGACAAUUGGAUGGUGGAGGUGGUGACAUGUGAGAAAGACUUGGACAACAUUCGACUCAAAGAUUUGGGAACGGAUUCUGUCGACUCCGUGUAUGAGCUGGAACACCUCCUCGUGGAGGGACACUGUUUGGAAACAAAGACGGGAUCACCUCCUCGUGGGCUUCAGUUCACGCUCACCCCGCAUAAUCCAAAUGUUCGAACGGCGGAAACGAUUGUGAUGGCUAAUCUUGGCUAUUAUCAGCUCAAAGCAUCUCCCGGACUCUGGGCACUAGAUCUUCGAGAGGGCCCGUCGCGUGACAUCUUUGCCCUCGAAAGCAAUAAACAGCGCAUUGUCUCAGUCAACUCGUUCCAGUCUGUUGUGCUCAAAGUGAAGGUGCGACGCAAUCCUGGCAAGGAGACAGCUUCCCUCUUGGACACGGAGGAGGAAAAUUCAUCAUGGUUUGGGUUCGGCGGCUCAAAACAAAAGGAGGCGGAAGAAGACACCAUCAACGUCUUCUCCGUCGCUUCUGGUCAUUUGUACGAAAGGCUGCUGCGAAUUAUGAUGCUGAGUGUGGUCAAAAACACAAAAUCAAAAGUAAAGUUUUGGUUUCUCAAAAACUACUUGAGCCCUACUCUUAAGGACAUACUUCCCGAGAUGGCCAAAGAGUAUGGGUUGGAGUACGAGCUGGUCCAAUAUCACUGGCCUCGCUGGCUCAACCCACAAAGAGAAAAGCAGCGCAUCAUUUGGGGCUACAAAAUCCUUUUCCUCGACGUCCUCUUCCCCCUCUCCCUCAAGAAGAUUGUCUUUGUGGAUGCUGACCAAGUUGUUCGUGCCGACUUGAAGGAAUUGUUCGACUUGGACUUGGAUGGGAACCCUUACGGCUACACCCCGUUCUGCGACUCGCGCACGGAAAUGGAAGGUUUCCGCUUUUGGAAGCAUGGCUACUGGAAGUCGCACUUGGGUCGCAGGAAGUACCACAUUUCGGCACUAUACGUAAUUGACCUGUUGAGGUUUAGAAGGAUAGCUGCAGGGGAUCGAUUGCGAGGCCAGUAUCAAGCACUCAGCCAGGAUCCCAACUCGCUGUCCAAUUUGGACCAGGAUCUUCCCAACAACAUGAUUCAUCAAGUUGGGAUCAAGAGCUUGCCGCAAGAGUGGCUUUGGUGUGAAACAUGGUGUGACGAAGGUUCUAAAAAGGCUGCAAAGACCAUUGACUUGUGUAACAACCCUCAAACAAAGGAGCCCAAACUCGAUGCUGCUCAACGAAUCGUUCCCGAAUGGAAGGAUUACGACACAGAGAUUCGAAACUUCCAACAACGGCUCCACAAGGAACGAAGUGGGGAUCGCAGCAGCAGCAACCAAGACAAAGACAAGCACACUGAAUUGUGAUAAUUCUUCCCUUUAGCUCCUUUAACAAUUAUUAUUUAUUAGUUAAUUAUGUUAUAGUUAUUAUUAGCGAUGUGUAUAGCAUUUUGUGAAAACAGAAGAUGCGUUAUUAUUAAUUCGACAUACAUAUUUACUUAGGUAUUUCUGGUUGUGUGUGGUAUAGUUACAUAUGUAUAAUCAGGAGAUAUAGAUGCAUAUUUAAGAACAGGUAAAACAAAUAACAAGUAUUUUAUGGCAUCAUUUCGGAUUCCGCAUUUGAUUUAAUACAAAAAUAAUAAUAAUCAGUAAUUUCCCAUUUUACUUAGAGAAAGAGCUAUAUAUUACAGUGCUCACUUAAACUUAAGCUACUUAUGUUUUUCGUGUCCAUAUCCCGUCAUUCGUGUUUGUAUGAUAUUGCCUAUUGAGCCGUGAUUGUAGCAGAAGUUAAAAAAAGUCAUGACAAGCAUAAUAUCGUUCGCUGUUUCUCCAUCCUUUCUUAUUGGGAUUACUAUAUAACUAUGUUUAGUGUAAAUAAGAAGGAGCAAAUGGUUGAGUGGCUGGUUGGUGAUUGAGUGACUCUGCCUGAUUGUACGUAUGUAUCGUCGCUAACUUUGUUAUCUUAUAACUUUGCGUAUCUCCGGUAUAAAUAAAUUCAUGUACGAUUCAUCGCAGUCAAUAC